CACACGAAAUAAACCCAUAGCAAGACCCGAAAACAAACCCCUAAGACCGCCUGGACGUGGUGUUCCUCGCAGCCUCCGACGUAGCGCAACCCGCUAGCUCCCAGCGCCGCCACCCGCCGAGGGGGAGGUUGGCAACAGUGUGCCGUCGCCAUCGGCCUCAGUCGGAACAGGUAAUCUGUGGCAAUCGGAUCGGCAGUGUUCAAAGCCCGAAUAAAAGUGAUGAGGCCGAAGAGUGAUCUCAAGAUAAACCUCAAGUUAGGGUAAUAUGACGGCCGAUACGUCAGCGAGCGCGAGUACAAGUGUGAGUAUGGGGCGGAAAGGCGAGAAAGAAGUGAUUCACUCGGGGCACUUCAUGGUCUCGGAUUUCGAGGCCGAUGCCCAAGAUGACGAAGAGAACGUCCUCCUGGAGAUCCCUGGCGACGGAGGCCUCGCCAGCAGCGGCUUCACCCUGGCAGGACCCGGGGUCGUGGCCCAGGACCUGGGAGUCAUCACCUACCAUGCCACAGGAAUGGACAGGGCGAGCAGGGUGGAAACGGUGAGCAUCGACAGCUCCCUCACCAAGCUCUUCAAGACGAUGUCCAUUGCUUACAGCCACAAGAUCUCGUCGCCAAAAUGGAACAGAUUUAAGGGUCUGAAGCUGUCUUGGAAGGACAAGAUUCGCCUCAACAACGUCAUCUGGCGGUGCUGGCAUAUGCAGUGCUAUUGUGUUGGAAGGGAAGUACUGGAAGCGGCAGUUGGAUGCAGUCACGGCCGAAUACAAGAAGUGGCGGAUAUACUACAAAAAUAAGAUCAGUGGCAAAAACCUUCUCGACAGCGAUGCGUCUCGUACCAAGACGAUGGAAAAGUCUAAAUCUUUAGAUGAAAAAAAGUUAAAGUCCAUUUUUGACCUGGAUGGCAUGGACUUCUCAAGAGGGUCCGGGAUGCAAGUGUCGCUGGACGACGGAGACCUCUCGGAAUUCAUGGACUUUACCAGUGUCCUCUUCUCCUCCCUUAUUAGUCCAUCGCAAGCCUUUGCCUUCCCUAAUCCUAGGGAGAUUGCGAGGGGUACGGGUAACUCGGACUUCAUUCAGCCUGGCCUGAUCCAGCUCCAGCCAAACCUCGAUGACUUCAUGGAUAUUGUCGAACCACUUCAAGACCCGUCAGGUAUCGUGGGAAAGCUCAGUCCAGAAAAAGAGAUGCUGGCUGGCCGUGGCCUCGCGACCGUGCCGGAAGAGGACUUUCUUCCCGAGGUGGGCGAGACGCCGGAGCUGCCCAACGCCUCGCCGCCGCCCGUCUCGCUGCCCCUCCAUUACAACACCGAGGCCCACACCAACACCUUCCUGGAGUCCUCGUCCCCCACCCACGCCCACUCCCCGUCGCACAAGGCCAUCGCGCCCCUUCCUCAGCAGCACCCCUCCAGCGUUUUCACCGCUGGGCAGAUACCACUGCAACAGCAGCACCAGCACCAGCAGCACCAGCAGACAUCCAUCAAGUCACCGCAGCAGCACCAGCAGCAGCAGAAAGAGUCGCAGCUGGUCCCUCUCCCCACCCAGUCGCCCCCCGCGUCUUUCCAAGCCUCCCUAGGAAUCGCCUCUGUGCCUGCUCAAGCCCAGCACCUCCAGCCCCAGCAGCAGUCCCCGAAUUCCUCGCUACAGCUCCAGCAGCCCCCCACCCCGCCCCAGCAACAGUUGCAGCAGAUUCAGCAGCCCCUGACGCCGCCCCAGCAACAACUGCAGCAGCCGCUCUCCCCGCAGCUGCAGAGUCAGCAGUGCCCCCGCUCUUUCAUUCGUAGUCAUAGUCAGCAUGACCUCAGCACGCCGCCGCAGCCGAUCUCCCUCGGCGACAGCUCCUUUGUCGUGCCAAGCGCCGUACCUCGACGACGUUCCCAUAGUUCAGGAGGGAGUAACAGCAGCAGUGGCCUCGUAGGAUCGCCUUCUCUGGCACCCCAUCAGGUGAUCAGUUCUGUGCCAGUGACAAGUUUGCCGCACCUGCUUCCAGCUCUGAACUCGAUGACAGCCACAUCCUUGUCGCAUGUGGCCCCUACUGCUCCCCCCACAGCCUCGGUUCAAGCAUCAGGCACAUCUCUCGUGACUGCACCAGUGAUCGCUCCAACCAGUUCACCAGCGGGAUCAGCUUUACUUGCUCAACUUCUUACAUCAGGGUCUUAUUCAGUCAGUUGCAAUAGCCAGCCAACCAACACAAAUCAGUUGGCAACCAUCGGCAGCACCAACCAGCUAAACAACCUGGGAAACAACAAGAGCUGCAACAAUGUCAAAGUUUCCUUGGUCAUACCUGGAGUUAUUACUGGAAACGCGGGCAACAGCAGCUGCAGCAGUAGCAGCAGCAGUAGUUCUAGCCUCUGCAGCAUCAACAGCGUCACCAACAUCAAGCCCAGUGUGUCAACACCCCUACUCAUGCCACCAAUCACACUCUCUGCUGUAACCCCCUCCACUCUCAAGACACAGAGCUUCAGCCAGUUAUCACCAUGGAGUCCAUGCUCACCGCAGGGUAUAAUAAAGCAGUCUCCACCUCAUCCAGAACCUUCUUCACCCUUGAUGAUGAAUGUCCCUUCACCACCUACAAAAGCUUUCAGACCCAAGAGUGAUGUGGAACGCGUGCAAUACAAAGAACACAGGCGAGUCUGCCAUAUCAAUGCAGAACAGAAACGUCGGUCAAACUUGAAAAACAAUUUUGACAUAAUGCAUCAACUUAUUCCUUCCAUCAGUCAAAAUCAUAAUGCAAAGAUAAGUAAAGCAGCCAUGCUACAAAAAGGAGCCGAGUACAUCCAGCAGUUGAAAGCUGAAAGGCAACAACUGAGUGACCAAGCAGAAAAGUUCCGUGCUCAGAUUGAAAGCCUGAGUCUUGAGAUAAGCAAUGCACAAUCCUUACUGCCUGCCACUGGUGCCCCUAUGACACAUGCCCGUCAUAGCAAGCUCAAGGAAAUGUUCAAUAACUAUGUUCGGGAACGUACACUAGCAAACUGGAAAUUCUGGAUUUUUUCCCUUAUAACGGAGCCACUGUUAGAAUCCUACAAUAACAGCGUAAGCAUCAACUCUUUGGAUGACUUGUGCCGUUCUUCUUUAGCUUGGCUGGAUCAGCAGUGUUCCCUCAAUGUCCUACGUCCCUUGGUUUCAAACUCAAUGCGAAAGCUGAGCACAACCACAAAUGUAUUGGCCGAGCCCGAAAACUUGCCGGAGGAGAUCUACCGCCGCGUCACAAAGCAGGAAGGAGAGAGGUACCCCACGUCCCGGUGAUCAAAGGCUACAAAUCCUUCCCACCUACCAAGAGCCAGGAGAAGAAAAGACAUUGCCUGCUUAUCUCAGCAGGAAGGAAAGCAGUGCACACAUUGGGAGAGUUGAUGUUCUGAACCUCUUUUGCUUCAUAACAUUGAUAUGACAGGUGCCAGUGUGAAGCUGCUUGUGAUUUUUAUAAAUUUUCUUCUUUUCCUCCUCCUCCUCCUCUUUUCUUUUCAUGGCAGCAAUACCAACACCACUGAAGGAAGGGAAACCAAGUCUUAAUGUGUAUGAUCAAGUUAUUUCCAGUUUUGAGAUAGGGUUCUGAAAUUUGUAAAUUUUGAGAUAAUCUUCCCAAAUUACAGAGUUACUGAGAUUGUUUUUUUAUUGAUUACAUUAUAUAUGUAUGUAUAUGUAUAUAUAUAUAUAUAUAUAUAUAUAUAUAUAUAUAUAUAUAUAUAUAUAUACUUUCAAAUUGAGCUUGCAGGAAAGUUAGAUAGAAAGUUAGAUUAAAAUUCUUUGGUGAUCUUGUGCUUCAUUUUUCUUUUCUCACUUUUUUUUCUCUAUAAUGAUCUUUUCUUUUAUUGGUUUUCCUUCCAAAGUUAUAAGCUCAGUCUGUUGAGCAACAUUAAAAAAGAAAUGAAUGUGUAAAUGCUGUUCAUCUAGCCAGUAUCAUUUGAUGAACACAUAUUAGUCCUAAAAGACAAGUAAUAUUUGUAACAAGAACGAUCCCUGCUGACAGCCUGCAGCUGUGGAGCUCAGCUUUGUACAAUCCUUACAAAUGUGCCAUAAUGUGAAUUACAAUGUACAGUGUGAAGUUGUGUGUGAGUCUUCAAUGAGGAGUGUGAUCUUGCUGUGAAAAGGCCAGUGAGGAGUGCCUUAACACAUAGAAGGAGAGUGAGUUUGAGCUUUCAGAAGGUUGGGAAUUCUCUCUUUCUUAUGCUGAUAGAUCAAGUAGUAAGAAAGAAAGUUUAACCCCUUUUUUUAUUUUUUGGAUGCAGCAGUUUGUAAAGUUAUUGUGGGAUGUGGAUGUUCAUGCAGUUGGGAGGGCAUGCAGGUUAAAUUUUCUUAACACCUCUUUGUAAAUGACAGACAGCGAUGUUCUCUGUCCUUCCUCUCUCACAUUUUAAGUAUCAGCAAGAAAUAAGGAGGAAGAAAGUAUUUAUUUCAUGUUAGGUGUAAUUUGUGUUGUAGGUAGUUAUCAGCACAAAAUAUGAUACUUAGUGAAAUCUUUCAAGAGUCAUUUUGAGAUAACUUUUCCAUCCACUGCUCCUUCCUUCAGUCAGUAAAAAAAGGAAAAUACACUAGUAGGAUUCUUUCAGUGGCCUCAUAUUUAUUGAUUAUUCAACUCUCUUACUGUGGCAGUCGACUGUCCAAGAUUAAGAGUUGACUUUGGAAUAAAGAAAUAGUUAAACGUCAAGAAUCAAACACCUUUAUUGUAGGCCAUUAAGACUUAUUUAUUGACUCUUGCAUAUGACACUUUAACUUUUACUUUUUUCCCCACAAUGCCAUAAGGAGAGAAACGCUCUAAUGUCAGAAAGUAUCCAAAGUAAUUUUGUUCUUCGUUGUCAUAAUCUUUUUCUCUUGCCCUUUUUUUCUUUCUCUUCUCUACAUAUUUUGAAAUCAUUACCAUGUCAUUCAGAAGCAAAAAAGUGUUUAAUCACAAAAGUGACGAUAAUCAUUUUGUUAUCACAAGUGCGUUGUUAUCACUGUGAGUCUAAUUCCUGGCUUCCUGUUGGAAUCAGGUUUUUCAUAUGGGAAAAAUGAAAAUAAAAAGAAAACAGUGAAAAGAACUUCAAUGCAAGUAAGAACCAUAUUAAAGUUGGAAGUAU